AACGCUUGGCGGUUGGGUGUCUGUGUGUUUUUCUUUUACAUAUACAUCGCUUAUUGAGCUCUUUUAUACUGGCUAGUUUUAAUAGCUAGCGGACUGAAUUUCAUUAAAAACGUGUGUUCGCUCCAGUUAAUCUAAAAUGGAACCAGCAGUAGCGAAGCUUCUCAUUGGACUCGCCGUAAAAAUUAGUCGCAGCGACGGGAGAGUGCACAGUGCAACUGUGAAAACAGUCAAUUCUGCCAAGUCAACAGUGCAUGUGGAAUGGAGUGAGAAAGAUAUGACCAAAGGAAAAGAGAUUGAUCUGAGUGACAUCUGUCAGCUCAAUGCAGACCUAAUCCAGUACCUGCAACCUCCAAGCCAAGCGGCAUCUAGCUCUGCUCCAGGCCCUAACCCUGGACGCGCACCUAAAGCAGAGAAGAAAUCAGAGCUUCCUUCAAAGACGUCAAAGAUACCAGCUCCUUCAGAGCCUGCCCCUCCCGUCGGUCCUUCUGAGGAACCAGUUCCCAGAAGGAUGACCACACGGCAGACAUGUCUAUUUCGUCCACCUGCUGCUCCAUCUGCUAGCUCUGCGGUAGCUGCUGAAGAGGCUACCAGCCAGGAAGUACCCUCGUCUACCAUUCCCAGACCCUCAGGAUUAUCAAGUUAUCAGAGGAGGCAGGCUGCUAAACCACCAUCUCCACUGCUGCCUACCAUUGAAGCAGUGUCUGAGAGUGAGGCCUCAAAAUGUGCCCCUGUGGCAAAUACACGUCUUUCACGAGUCCCAGAAGCGAAUAAAACAGCAAACAAAAGGUUGUCCAUUUCAAAUAAAAACCCUGAAACUCAGACCAAGAAAGGAAAGUAUGGAGAUAUGAACCGACCAAACAAGCAGUUUUACCAGAUGAUUGAAGAGUACCGGGAGACUGUGGAGACAGUUCCAUUGUCUUUGACUGAUCCUGUUGAGCUUCACAGAAUUUGUGUAUGCGUGCGCAAGCGGCCUCUAAAUAAAAAAGAGAUAGCUAAGAAAGAGAUUGAUGUGGUGACUAUCCCUGGAAAUGGAGUCCUUCUGUUUCAUGAGCCCAAGCAGAAGGUGGACCUCACAAAGUACCUCGACAACCAGCUUUUCCAUUUUGAUUACUCAUUUGACGAAAAUGCCACCAAUGACUUGGUUUACAGGUUCACUGCCAGACCUCUGGUCAGGACCAUUUUUGAGGGUGGUAGGGCGACAUGUUUUGCAUAUGGACAAACCGGGAGUGGAAAGACACAUACAAUGGGUGGUGACUUCUCUGGCAAAGCCCAGAACAGCUCUAAAGGAAUAUAUGCUUUGGCAGCACAGGAUGUAUUCACCCUACUGCAACAGAGGAGAUACGCUGAAAUGGAUCUGUGCCCCUAUGUGACCUUUUUUGAGAUCUACAAUGGCAAGGUUUUUGACUUGCUGAAUAAGAAAGCCAAGCUGCGUGUUCUAGAGGAUGAAAACCAGCAGGUCCAGGUUGUGGGCUUGCAGGAAAUGCCUGUCUCCUCUGUAGAUGAUGUCAUAAAAAUGAUUGAAAAGGGCAGUGCAUGCAGAACAUCUGGCCAGACAUUUGCCAAUGCCAACUCGUCCCGGUCCCAUGCAGUCCUGCAGGUGAUCCUGAGGCGUCGUAAGCAGCUUUAUGGGAAGUUCUCUCUGGUGGACUUAGCAGGGAAUGAGAGGGGCACGGAUGUCAGCAGCAACGAUCGGCAGACCAUGGUGGAGACAGCAGAGAUAAACCGCAGCCUCCUGGCACUGAAGGAGUGUAUCCGAUCGCUGGGACAGAACAGUGAGCACAUACCCUUCAGGAUGAGUAAGCUCACCCAGGUGCUCAGAGACUCCUUCAUUGGCGAGAACUCCAGAACGUGCAUGAUUGCCAUGAUCUCACCUGGUAUGAGCUCUUGUGAUUACACGCUGAAUACACUACGUUAUGCAGAUAGGGUGAAAGAGCUGAAUGGAGUGUCUAAGGGAGUUGAAAAAGAGAACACUAAAGUAACAGAGGAGUCAGAGGAGGGCAGCAGCUCUUUAGAGGAGGAGUCUAUUCAUGCAGAACUUGAAGCAAUGACCCACAUCUCUGAGGUGGAGGAGAGGUUCUAUGAAGACCUGCAGGGCGCAAGUGAAAUUGCCAGAGCAAUGGAACAUGCAUCAUACGACAUAGUAAAUGGUCUCCCAGAAAUUGAUGCAUAUAUGGAGAAACUGCAAGGAUCCUACCAGGCUCUGCGAUCAGCUAUCGAGGCACUGAGGGCCAGGUCUUCCAGUCUGGCAUGACGUGCAAAUGAAGUGAGAAUGUAACCAAAUUAUGUAGUUUGGUUUUUUGGAGGUGUGUCUAACACAUUUCUCUGUUAUAACCCCUUCCCUAGUCUAAAAUAAAUUCUAAAUGUUGUUUGUUCAGAUUAUGUUUGUACUGACUUGUCGUUUUGUAAACCUUUUUAUUCCCUGAAUAAAUGUUUACUUCUGACAGUUCGA